AUGCCAUGCCAUGUCCGCGGGCUCAGAACUGCCUCGGCAUGUACCAACCCGCCUCUAAGCGCUCUGGAUGGGAUGCCCACCAAGAGCCAGGCCGGACGUGAACGGGCCAACUUGGAAUUUUUUUUGGCUACGACCAUUGACGAAUGUAGGGCUGAGAUAGUGGGCGCUUAUCUCACGGACGACCCAGAGCUAUUGGCGCUGCUUGGCUUCACGAACGAGUCGGAUACUCGUGCCAAUGAUCGCGAGCAUUUGGGACUGAUGGGCGAAUUCCCGAAAAAAUGCGAUGUUAUCAUUGAGGAAUCAAGUAAAACCACAACUCCACAAUGGAAUCAAGCCUUGGAGAUUUAUAAAGAGGAACUAGACUGUAGCAGAGACUACCAAGAUAUACAAAAUGUUGAUUCCCUCGAGGACUUAAUAGCCCACAUAAACACCAUACAGAACACCACAUCACGGCUCCGGAUCACGCGAGACAGGCAAGCGCUCCCGUUUCUGGGCAGACUUGGCCGGAGGUUCAAGUUCAUAGACGGCUUCUCCGAGACCAUUGCCCUCGCAUCCGGCAAAGAUGCCGCACUCAAAGCCUCGCUGAUGGCGGCAGUCUGGGGAAGCAUUCACAUGGUCAUAAUAUCCGCUUCCCCCACGCCGGACACUCUUCGCGAUGUGCUGGACAUGAUCGAGGAGCUGAGCCUGACUCUGCCGCUGUUCCGAGCAUACGAGGACACUCUGCCCAUUGGCUCGCGGCUCGAACUCGCCCUAAUCGACGUGUACACCGAGGUCAUCUGCUUCCUGGCCAAGGCCAUCCACUUCUUCCGGGACAACCCGCACGCCCUGCUGCGACGCAACAUGUGGGACAAGUUCCAGGGCGAAUUCUCCAGAACACUGCUACGCACCCGGCGGUUUUCGACCACCGUUGACAACGAGGCGGAGAUUGCUCGGCGGAAGUCAGACGACAACAAGUACGAGGGCAAGUUCGAGGAGAUCGUCGAGAAGAUGGACCACCUCGCCACCACCAUCAACACCACCAACACCACCAUCACCACCACCGUCGCCGCCGCCGUUGCCAAGCCAGAGGUUGAGCCCCAGCCGACGAAGUACCACCACAUCCCGCUCCCGCAAAACAGCAAGUUCUCGGGCCGCUCGGAGCUGCUGGCUACGCUCAGCAGCAAGCUUGAUCCGGACACGGAGUCGUCUGCAAACAAGACGGUAGCAUUGUUCGGCAUGGGCGGCGUCGGCAAGACACAGGUGGCGCUGGAAUAUGCCCACCAAAGCAUCAGCAAAUUCGGCGUGGUCAUCUGGAUUGCAGCCGAUAGCACGGCCACGAUUGAAAGCAGUUUCCGCGAUGUCGUUCAAGAGCUGCGCCUCUACAAGUCUCAGGAUGAGGAGUAUGACGGGGCAGCGGCGAUUCUGAAAGUCAAGAACUGGCUGAAAAACACAACCGUCUCCUGCCUCCUGAUCUUCGACAACGUCAGCGACCUCGCCGCCCUCAAGGCCGCCUGGCCGGAGAGCCCUUCCACCUCCACCCUGCUAACCACGCGGGACUUCGACAUCGCCAACAGCCCCGCGACGCAGUACCUCCAGAUCUCGCCCUUCGACGAGACCGAAGGCUCCGCCAUGCUGCUCGCCCAACUCGGCCUCAACAACAACCCCUCCGAAGCCGACAUAGAGCACGCGGUCAAAAUAACGCAGCUCUUCGGCGGCCUGCCCCUCGCUUUAAGCCAGGCGGGCGGCUUCAUCGCACAGCGCCGGCUGCCACUGGGCGACUUCGCGGCGCUGUACGAGCGGCACCGCGCGCAGAUCGACGGGGCCAAGACGGUGCAGGACGGGUACGCGCACACGCUGAGCGACGUGUGGGACGCGUCGUUUGAGAAGCUCGAGGGGGAGAAUGCGGGGAAGCUGCUGAACUUGCUGGCGUUCUUGGACCCCGAGGCGAUUGAUGAGGAUAUUUUUCUGGAGGGGUCGCAGGGAGAGGUGGGGAAUGAUGCGGAGUUUGGGUUCUUGAGGGAUACCAUGGCACUCAACGAUGCCGAAGCGCCUCUCCUGAAUUCCGCCCUCAUUAGCAAGAGCACCGAGGCGCCCGUCGUCCUAUCUCUACACCAGCUGAUCCAGGCCGCCACAAUCCAGAAGCUCAGCGUGCCGGACCGGCAAAAGUACCUGGACCUCGUGAUCCAGCUGCUCUCGUGGGGUGUCCCGCACACCUGGGGCGGUGCUAAUGGUACCAGUGGAAAGGGCACCACUACCCCUACGACGGCGGCCGCCAUCGCCGCCGCCGCCGCCGCGACUGGCAGCAACAGCAGUGGCGGGCUGCAGAAGAACUCGUGGAAGACGGCGGAGAAGUGCAUGAAGCACAUCAUGCACAUCUUCGCGGUGACGGACAAGUAUGGGUUUACGCCGGGGGAUGUGCAGAGGUUUGCCGAGAUGCAGUUGCGGUAUAGUUGGUACCUAUACGAACAAAAGGACUACAAGAACGCCAAGUUCCUAGUCGAUUCCGCGAAGCAGACCUUCGGAGACAAGGCAUUCGCGCCUGCCGCUAACCUAGCCAGCUUGAUCGAUAAAAAGAGCGCGGGCGGAUGA